CGGACCGCAACAGUCCAACACUUCCUGGUUACUGUUGCUACAACUUUUAGUUUCCUCCGUCAACUUAAUUAGUUUGAUUGUGUUCCGAACGCGAGAACCGUGGCGGUGGAACUGGGGUUCUGCUGGUUCUGACACUUGGAACACCUCAAGCGAACACUUCAUGGCGUUCGGUUCGCAUCGAAUGAGAGAGUUGAGCGGCACCUACACCUUCUCCAGUCGACCCAGGGCCGUGGAGAACCGCAUUAAAGUUCCGCCUCAGCAGGCUCUCAGAAACUAUGGAAACAUCAUGUAUGACCGCCGUGUUGUCAGGGGAAGCACUUACUCCCAGCACAUCCUACAGACUACGGCACAAACAACCCCUUCAGAAAUACAAAGACAUCAGGAGAUGAGGAGAAGAGCCAUCACACAGAAACGAGCAUUCGGAGAAUCCAGACUUAAAACCCCUGAAGCCCUGCAGGGCAGAACUCAUGUUGACGUACAAACAGAUUUAUAUCUCGAGGAGCUCAGUGACGUUCUAGCAACAACAGACAUUGAAUGUCAGACGGAUGCAUUUUUGGACCGACCUGCCACUCCUCUUUUCAUACCUGCCAAAACUGGCAAAGAUGUGGCAACUCAGAUAGAAGAAGGAGAGUUGUUUGACUUUGACAGGGAGGUCCAGCCCCUGUUGGAGGUCCUGGUGGGGAAAACGGUGGAGCAGUCUCUCCUGGAGGUGAUGGAGGAGGAGGAGCUGGAGUGUCUGCGGGCCCAGCAGAGGGCUUUCCUGGAGCUCCGAAACAGCGAGCUGGCAGAAGUGCAGCGGCUUCAGGAGCAGGAGAGACGGCGCAGCCAGGAAAAAGAACGUAGAAUUGCUGAGCAAAGGGAGGCAUUGAAGAAAGAAAAAGAGACGGCAGAAAAAAUUGCUGCUCGUGUCUUCAGCCAACACUACUUAGCUGACCUUCUACCUGCAGUCUUCACCUCGCUCAGUGACCAUGGUUACUUUUAUGACCCUGUGGAGAAGGAUAUUGAGACAAAUUUCUUCCCGUGGCUCAUGGCAGAGGUUAAUAAAAGUCUGGAGAAGAGACGUGUGGCGAGACAACUGCUGGACGGUAUCAUCUACGAAGUGGCCCAAACGAGGCAGGCGAUGUUAAAACAGCAAGAAUCACAACCACAAACACCGGAGAAGUCUGACGUAGAGAACAGAGAAAACGUCCAGUGAUGAAAUAAAAUGCUGGGAUCAAGAGGAAAAGCUAGAGGAAGGAAUUGUUUUAUUUUGCAUAAGAAAACAAACAAAAAA